AUGGCACUGGCGCAAACGAAUCGCGACACGUUGCAGCUCGAAGCUUGCAGCGACGCCGACUACGCAGCGGACAGGGCGGAUAGCAAGUCGCCAACGGGAGGCGUUGUGCUACUCAAUGGGAUGGCGGUGUCGUGGGAUGCGAAGAAACAGGACGGGAUGCUCGGAGAGGUGGGCAUGGCGCCGAUUGUCCCUAUGCUGAUGUACGUGGACAAACAAGCAGUCAUCAGCCAGAUCGAAGACGAAGCCUCCUCGAUCAAGGACGAGCGCAUUGACGUGAGGCACAAGCAUCUGUGCAACCUCGCUCAACGCGGUAUCGUCACGACGAAGUACGUUCUGUCCGAGCUGAUGCUCGCUGCCCUAAUAACUAAAGCUCUUGAUGCGACCAAGCUAGCGACGCUCCUGAGUCUGAUGUGGCUCCAGUAA